CCGGUAGCACUACACCCCUGGUCAUGACUGGAUCUAAAUAUCUGUCGUAAAACGACAGUGGCGAAGGAUAUCAAUAGUAUUUCAUGCGGAUCAAAGUUCCGUUUUAAGAUUCAUUGGGGUAAAGUUAACUGGACGCUUCUGACUGAUCUUGGAACUGUGACAACGGGCAGCCUCUCCCCGCUUGUUUGAUCUGAUACAAAAUAUCCACAGGGAAGCCUUAUCAACCCAACCUUCACUAUGCUAUCCUGUAUAUCAGUUUUUCGCAUGCGACAAACACUUGUACAAUAUGGCCGAGCCUAACCAAACCACAGACCGAACAUUGUCCCACGCUAUCAGCUGGCAAAUUUGACAAACACUCCCAGCUGAUUGCAAGGAAACGUGCUUCGGUUGACUACCUUCGGUUACAUUAAGCUAUUGUUUACAUAUUGUUCAUCACGCGCAUUACAUCAGGAGAUUGAACAUACAAGUGACAGAACCUACCACCGCAGCAAAAAGUCAGUUCAAAGAAAGCUAACAAGGUGAAGAAGGCAGGAGCUCAGCUCAAGAAUGCCCUUCCAGGUCAGGAUAAGGACACUGUGUCGACAAUCCAGAGGGGCAUUCAUUCAAAGGGAAGCAGAGUCAAAUCUGGCACUACUCGAAACACUAGCAAACUGGCAAGGUAAGUUUAUAGGGGAACCCUUUCUUAAAAUGACUCAGUCCAGUCAAAUCCUUAACACUUUAACUCUCCACAGCCCUCAAGAAGGAGGCUUGAAGUCUAAACCACACACACACUCCUCCACACAGAGGCAGGAGAAGCGAGAGGUUCAGCGAACGUCCCCAUGUUGCGGUGAGUUAGAUCAGAACCAUGGGGUACUGGGCCGAAGUCGGAAAGCUCUCUCUCUGCCCCUCUCCCCUAUACCUGGGCUGCGCCAGGGGCCAAUGCGGCUUCACACACACACUCAAGUCCCCACCCUGGAGUCUCUCAGGCAGUUUGAGCAGAAGGAAGUCGACUCGGACAGCGCCAGUGACCUGUCAGACUCAGAGAGACUACCUGUACUCCCCUCCCCCUGUACCCCCUGCACCCCACCCCAUCUCAACCUCCGUGCUGAAGUGAUCAACUCCAGCGACUUCCCCCCAGCCUUCCCAGGACCACACGGGGCCACGAGCGACAAUGAGAGCGUCAGCUACAACUACCCUGACUUCCUGCCUCCUCCCUUCAACACCUGGAGCCUACGCCAGCUGGCUGUGUUCCUCCACACGGAGGGCCGAGGCGCACCUCGCCCCAAACCUGUGGGGCCCCUGGAGAAGUACCUGGAGAGGCUGCUGCAGUUGGAGUGGCUCCAGAUCCAGACUGUGCAGGCGGAGACCUGCCGACCUGCGGGGGGCCGUCCUAGGGCCCUGGGCUUCCCCUCUGCCACCACCACGAACGCACCUCGGCCCCACACGGCGCCACCCAGCCGCCUCAGCUCCCCCAAAGGCCUGCGGCAGUGUCAGCGCGCCUUCCCGUUUGCCCCUCACAACCCCCCCUCGCUGGCAGCACAGCAGCUCGCCCGCCUCCCUGUCUGCCCCCAUUGUCACAUCCGCUACCCUCUGUGCAACGGGAGCUGCUCCUCCUACGCCUACCAGCGCCACUCGCGCCUCAGUCCCCUGCUGGAGCGCCGAGCCAGGCCCGGGGUUCCCCCGAAGAGGAGCAGCAGUGAGAGCCGGGUCACUUCCUCUGAGAGUAGGGCUACAGGCUGCAGUGGAGGAGGACAGACUCCAGGUAGCCCCUCGGCAGGAAGAAGCCACGUCAGACACAUGCAGGCGGUUGGCAACAUCCGCAAACCCGCCCAGGAGCCAGGCACUAACGGUACAGGUCAUGCCGGUGUGAAGAAAGGCCGCGCCAGAGCCAAUUCGGAAGCCGAGGUGAGGAAGGAGUCCAGUACGGCUAAGGCAGGUGUGGAGAAAUACACACACUCUGGAAGUAAACGAGAGUCUAACACGAUCAAGAGGUUCGAGAAAGACUGUCAGAGGACAGAAACAGGAAGUCAGGCAUCUAAAAGUGGGGUUAAAAGAACAGUAAAAGAGCCACUCUCUCUCUUCAAGGCACCGUUGUCUGCCAAAGCGAAUGGAAAAGCAAAGAAUGUUCACUUUAUUGCAAAAUAACCACAUUUCCUGGCUCAGUACAGGAGCUUAAAGUUAUGCUUGAUAAAGUUCUAUAUAAUAUACAGUGCCUUCAGAAAGUGUUCAUAUCCUUUUACUUUUUGUCGUGUUACAGCCUGAAUUCAAAAUGGAUGAAAUCUAUCUUUUUCUCUCACCCAUCUACAUAAAAUGCCACAUAAUGACAAAGUGGAAACAUGUUUUUUGAAAUGUUUGCAAAUGUAUUGAAAGUUAAAUACAGAAACAUCUCAUUUACGUAAGUAUUCACACCCUUGAGUCAAUGGGGCUCCCAAGUUGCGCAGCGGUCUAAGGCACUGCAUCUCAGUACAAGGGGCGUCACUGCAGUCCCCCGUCAUUGUAAAUAAGAAUUUGUUCUUAACGGACUUGCCUAGUUAAAUAAAAAAAAAUACAUGUUCGAAUCACCUUUAGCAGCGAUUUACAGCUUUGAGUCUUUCUGGGUAAGUCUCUAAGAGCUUUGCACAUCUGGACUGUAGAAUAUUUGCACAUUAUAAUUUAAAAAAAUCUCUGUGAAGUUGGUUGUUGAUCAGUGCUAGACAGCCAUUUUCAAGUCUUGCCCUAGAUUUUCAAGCCGAUUAUAAGCCAAAACUGUAACUAGGUCACUUGGGAACAUUCAAUGUUGUCUUGGUAAGCAACUUUUAGGUUAUUGUCAUGCUGAAAGGUGAAUUUGUCUCCCGGUGUCUGUUGGAAAGCAGACUGAACCAGGUUUUCCUUUUGGAUUUUGCCUGUGCAUAGUAUAUUCUAUUAUCCUAAAAAGAACUCCACAGUCCUUGUUGAUGACAAGCAUUUUUUUUCUUUCUGGUAUUUUACAAGGUAAGUUGACUGAGAACACAUUCUCAUUUACAGCAACAACCUGGGGAAUAGUUACAGGGGAGAGGGUUGAAUGAGCCAAUUGUAAACUGGGGAUUAUUAGGUGACCAUGAUGGUUUGAGGGCCAGAUUGGGAAUUUAGCCAGGACACCAGGGUUAACACCCCUACUCUAACAAUAAGUGCCAUGGGAGUGCCUCAGAGAGUCAGGACACCAGUUUAACGUCCCAUCCGAAAGACAGCACCCUACAAAGGGCAGUGUCCCCAAUCACUGCCCUGGGGUAUUGGGAUAUUUUUUAGACCAGAGGAAAGAGUGCCUCCUACUGGCCCUCCACCACAUUUCCAGCAGCAUCUGGUCUCCCAUCCAGAGACUGACCAGGACCAACCCUUCAGAAGCAAGCCAGCAGUGGUAUGCAGGGUGGUAUGCUGCUGCAUACCCAUAACAUGAUGAAACCACCACCAUCAUGCUUGAAAAUAUGGAGUGGUAUGCAGUGAUGUGUUGGAUUUUCCCCAAACAUAAUGCUUUGUAUUAAGGAUAUAAAGUUAAUUUCUUUGCCACAUUUUUUUUUUGCAAUAGUACUUUAGUGCCUUGUGCAUGUUUUGCAAUAUUUGUAAAACAGGAUGCAUGUUUUGCAAUAUUUGUAUUCUGUUCAGGUUUCCUUCUUUUCACUAUGUCAUUUAGGUUAGUAUUGUGGAGUAACUACAAUGUUCUUGAUCCAUCCUCAGUUUUCUCCUAUCACAGCCAUGAAACUCUGUAACUGUUUUAAAGUCACCAUUGGUCCCAUUGUGAAAUUCCUGAGCGGUUCCCUUCCUCUCUGGCAACUGAGUUAGGAAGGACGCCUGUAUCUUUGAAGUGACUACAUUGUGACUACACUGUAUUGAUACACCAUCCAAAUUGUAAUUAAUAACUUCACCAUGCUCAAAAGGAUAUUCAAUGUCUGCUUUUUAAAAUGUGUAUCUACCAAUAGGUGCCCUUAGCGAGGCAUUGGAAAACAUCCCUGGAAUUUGUGGUCAAAUAUUUGUUUGAAAUUCCUGAACUUAUUUAGGCUUGCCAUAACAAAGGGGUUGAAUACUUAUUAACUCAAGCUUUUCAUCCGUAAUUAAUUUGUAAAAAUGAUCUAAAAACAUAAUUCCACAGUGAAACAGGCUCUGCCAGUGAUACAAAAUCUAAAUUUAAUCCAUUUUAAAUUCAGGCUCUAUCUAACACAACAAAAUGUGGAAAAUGUCAAGGGGUGUGAAUACUUUCUGAAGGCUCUUUUUACUGUUUUGCUGCUGUUUAAAUCACUACGCUAGCUGUUUGCAACUUUCAAAAGGUCAAAUAAAAUAUAUAUAAUCAUCUAUUUCAUGUAGACUUGAUUUUAAGUGAUAUUUUAAUAGGUCAAAGAAUAAAAACAUUGCCAACAUGUUGUACUGUAACAAUCUUGCACUGUAACAAUUUUGGUUUGGGCAAUACACACAAGCCUUUACAUGGAGCUUGGACCAUGAUAUCUGAUAUUAUGAUCUAAUGUGUGGAGCAAAUAUUCUUUCCAAACAUGUUUAUUUCAGACUGUAAUCAAUUAAGGCUUUUAGGCAAACUGAAGACGUUGGCUCAAGGCACUUUGCACUGUACAGCCAUUUUUGUUAGUACAGGUUAUUGAUGUUGAAAAGUAGACAACAUAUAGGCCUAUUAUUAGUCGACCAUUAAUUAUUUAGUCAGCAAGUAGGCUGAUCCACAGAGCCUGAGGUUCACUCAAAAUAGCCAUCAUCAUCGGUCUAGUGGAGCUGUUUUUGGUGUUGGAAUGUAUUUGUUCCUUUAUUCUCUCACUAUAUGUUUUUCUUUGUUGCUUGACCAUCAUGUAUCUUUCUUUGGUGCCUCAUUUGUUUCUGUGUCUAAGAGUUAAAUUGUUGAAUACGGAGAGACACACACUUUGUGAUAUUGUUGGAAUGAUGGUUUAUUGGUUCAAUAUGAAUGAUAUACUCUAUUCAAGGUAUACUUGUGUAAGGGCUUUCUCUUGUUUGAAUAGACUUUAAUUGACAUUGUCUAUUACAAGUAUAAUUUGCAUAGGGCUAAGCUCUUUUUUUUGUUCAAGAGAGACAGUCUAAUGUUUGCUACGAAUGUAAAUGCGUAUUUUUCCAAAUUUUGUAUACCAUAGUUCUAUUUAUGAUAGAUAUUGUGUUAAUCACAUUUUGAUUCGCAUUUGUCAUUGACAUUUAUGUUUACAGUUUUGGGUAGGAAAAAUGUUAAGCAAAAAAGCUGAAUGUAUAUUUUUUUGCAUAAUUUAACAGUUAUUCCAUUUGUUUACAUUAGAACGUCUAUCAAUGUAUUGUACUUUAUGUGGAAUUUAUUAAUUGAAGCGCUACAUACAUGUAAUAGUCAUACUGUGUUAAAUUGCACUUUAUUUAUUCAAUAUUAAUGUAAAGCCAUAGAUCAGGGAGUAGAGUUGUCGUAAACAUUCUCACACGCACACAGAAAGUGGUGCAUAUUUUCUCAAUGUUGAAUGCAGUUGUUUGUAAGGCAUAGAAAUAAAUAUGCUUUGCACUGAA